UUUUGGCUAAUCUAUCUACCCACUACUCCACCCAAAUCGAACAAUCCAGAAAUCGAAUUAUUCCUGACCAACGUUAGAAAAGAAAUCCUGAACCCUGGGAAUAUUAGAAAAGCGAAAGACAAUUUAACUAAAGAAGAAACGGUAGCUAUUAAAAAUUUAAAAUGCAACUCUAACAAUAUCAUUAGGAGUCAAGAUAAGGGUUCUAGGUUUGUGCUAAUUGAUAAAGAAGAGUAUAAUGGGAAAAUGUUAGAGCAAUUAAGUAAUCCACUCCACUAUUUAAGUACUUCAGAUAAUCGUACCAAAUUACAUUUAGAUAGAGUUAAAGAGUGGAGUGAUAAAUGGCUAGUUCAGCAUCAAAUUACAGAUAAGAUAGCUAACUGGGUUGUUAAUUUGGAACCCAAAGCUGGAGUAGCAUUUGGGAAUGUUAAAACACAUAAAAACAACAACCCUCUUAGACUUAUCACAUCUUGCUGCGGGACUGCCAUAGAAAG